CUGUUCUAUGGGUUGAGACUUCUCUGUUCAGACUUGUCAAACUAGUUUCAUUUCAACUACUUGUAAUUUGUUUCCUUAUUUCUUGUAGCUGUAGACCUUUAAUAUACUAGAGAUGUCAUAUAGUUGAUUAGGAAGUCGAGUUCAGUGGGUGCAUGCUUCCAAGCACAUAUUUUUCUCCUGUGGAUGAUGUUGCGACCAGUAGGAUUUGGCACCCGAAGCCGAAGUUUGAAACCAUGGAUGAUUGCCCUUCUGGUUGUGUUAUUGCUGAUUGUGGUGGCAGUGACCAUUGCUCUUCUGGCUCACUUCUUAGUCUCUGGCCAGAAAACAGAGUAUUAUCAUGGUAGCUUUAAAAUUUUAGAUGUACGAACCAAUGGUAAUUCUGGACACAAUGGCGUAUACCAACUUAAGGACUUAAAAGAGAUAAGUGAAAACUUGGUGGAUGAGAUAUUUAUUGAUUCAGCCUUGAAUAAGCAUUAUAUCAAGAACCGAGUAGUCAGACUGACUCCAGAGGACAAUGGUGUGAAAGCAGAUAUCAUUAUGGUGUUCCAGUUUCCCUUUGCUGAGCCAAGGACAGUAAGGAAGAAGAAAAUCCAUAGCAUAUUAAACCAGAAGAUAAGGAACACAAGAGCCUUGCCAAUAAAUGCCUCAUCGGUGCAAGUUAAAGCAAUGAGCUCAUCAACAGGGAAGUUAACUGUCCAAGCAUGUUGUGGUAAACGGGCUGUUCCAUUAAUAGUCAACAGGAUAAUGUCUGGAGAAAUUGCUGCCAAGGCUGCCUGGCCUUGGCAAGCUUCCCUUCAGUGUGAUAACAUACAUCAGUGUGGGGCUACUUUGAUUAGCAAUACGUGGCUCGUCACUGCAGCACACUGCUUUAAGAAGAAUGCAAAUCCACGUGACUGGACUGUUAGCUUUGGAACAACAAUCAACCCUCCGCUAAUGAAGAGAAAUGUCAAAAGAAUUAUUCUCCAUGAGAAGUAUCACUCCCCAGCAAGAGUGUACGACAUUGCUGUUGUGCAGUUUUCUCCCAGAGUCACCUUUACUGAUGACAUCCGCCGGGUUUGUUUGCCAGAAGCUUCUGCAACCUUCCGACCAAAUUCAACUGUCUAUAUCACAGGAUUUGGAGCAGUUGAAUACGGUGGGGAAUCUCAAAAUGAGCUUCGAGAAGCCAGACUCAAGAUGAUAAGUGAUGAUGUGUGCAAGCAACCAUAUGUAUAUGGCAGUGAUAUAAAAUUUGGGAUGUUUUGUGCUGGAUAUCUGGAAGGCAUUUAUGAUGCCUGCAGGGGUGAUUCUGGGGGCCCAUUAGUCAUAAAGGAUCUUAAAGAUACCUGGUAUCUCAUUGGAAUUGUGAGCUGGGGAGAUAACUGUGGUCAAAGGAACAAACCUGGAGUCUACACAAUGGUGACUUAUUACCGAAAAUGGAUUGCUUCAAAAACAGGCCUCUAAAUUACUGUAAAAGUUCAACAUCGAGAGCUGUAUGCAGGACACACAUGUAUGAGAACCCAAAUAUUCAGUGGGGUUAAAUGACUGGUCCUAGCAACAUAGAACAUAUGUGACUAUUUAUUUUAGAAUCACUCUAAUAAACCAAUAACCCAUAGCCAAAUCAUAAAGAAUUUAAAUUUGUAAAGUCGUGGGCCAAUUUAGCUUGGCUUGAAAAAUACAUCAGAGCUACUCAGCUCUUAAAAUCACACCAGGUGGAGCAUAAAAGAGGAGCAAUGCAAUCUAUUGAGGAUAAUCCAUGAGAUUUGUCAGGGGUGUCACCUUUAGUGAGUAAAUUUUUAAACACUCGAAGAGUUCAGGAAACCUUUAUAUAAUCUCCAGAACUCACAGAUACUUUUUUUCUUCUUUUUUCCUCAUUCUUCCAGGUUUUCCAAAGAGAUUUUCCACCAUAAGAAACUAUUUUUUUUUCUUAUAAACUCAUUGGAGGGAUCUUCAUAAAAGAAAGUUAUAUCUGGGAAACAAAGUUCUCUGAUAAAUCAAGCCAGAGAUAUUACCUUUUUAUGUUGGUUCUAACCUCCUUAAUUUGUGGUGAUUUUUCACACACACAAACACACACACACAUACACCUCCCACUACCCUACAGAUAAAGUCUGAUUAAAGAAUA